AUGGCUCCUAUCACCAAGACUCUCGCCCUCGCUGGCGCUCUCUUCGCCAUGACUGGCUACUCGGCUCCCAUUGCCAAACGCGCUGUCGUUUGGGAGACCGUCACUGAUAUCGUUUGGACCACCGUCGAUGUCACCACCACCAUCUAUCCCACUCAGGCCGCUCCCACUGCCACCGUCGUGCCCAUCGUCGCCCACGCCGCUGCCACCACAACUGCUGCCCCUGCCCCUACUGUUGAGGCUCCCAAGGAGGCCGAGAAGCCCGCGCCUACCACUUCUUCGACUACCACUGCCACCCCAGCUCCCGCUCCCACCGUGAAGGCCGAGACCUCUGCUCCCGCUCCUGCCCCCACUGUGGAGGCUGAAGCCUACUCUGCUCCUGCCCCCGUUGUCGAAGUUGAGACCUCCUCCGUCGCCCCUGCGCCUGCUCCCGCUCCUACCGAGGUCUCCACUGCUCCCACUGCUCCCACCUCUACCGCCGAGGCCUGGACCGCUCCUGCACCAGCUGCCACCGCCCGUGCAACCACCAACCAGAUCGAGACUAUCACCAGCAGCAUCAGCGGUGGUCACACUGGCGUUUGCUCCGAGGGUUCUCCUUGCGACGGCAUGAUCACCUUCUACGACACUGCCACCACCUCCACCAACCCCAGCUCUUGCGGCACCACCAAUGACGGCACUGUCGAGAACGUCCUUGCCCUGCCCGUCGGUAUCAUGAAGGACAGCGACUGCGGCAAGACCGUGACCAUCACCUACAAUGGUCAGACCGCCACUGGUACCGUCGUUGACAAGUGCAUGGGCUGCGACAACACCUCCGUUGACUUGUCUCGUCACUUCUUCGGCCAGCUCGCUUCUAUGGACGAGGGCCGUGUCAGCGGUGCUAAGUGGUUCAUCCACUAA